AAAAUCCCAGGUGUGUAUUUGAAUCUCUCUUUAUCUCUCGCUCUCGUCUGUGGUGAAAUGGGUUUACAGGAUAACGCCAUUUCUUAUGGCUCUAUGUUAGUGUUGUCGCUCCUCCUCCUUCUUCCUCUUCUUGCAAAGGGAUGUGAUAUGUUCACGGGACAGUGGGUGAAGGAUCCUUCCUACCCUCUCUACGAUCCUUCCACGUGUCCAUUCAUAAGACGCGAAUUCGGUUGCAAGAAAAAUGGACGGCCGGAUCUCGACUACCCUACCUUCAGAUGGCAACCACAGGGAUGCAAAUUAGCAUGGUUCAAUGGAGUAGAUUUUUUGCAGAAAAAUAAAGGGAAGAAGAUAAUGUUUGUAGGUGAUUCUCUUAGCCUAAAUCAAUGGCAGUCUUUGACAUGUAUGCUACACUCUUCUGUUCCCAAGUCUCCCUAUACUAUGACCACAGAAGGCACUAUCUCAACCUUCACAUUCCAGGAGUAUGGAGUUGGAAUAAAGUUUGAUAGGAAUCCGUAUUUGGUAGAUAUAGUGAGUGACAAGAUUGGGAGCGUAAUGAAGCUUGAUUCGAUCAACGAUGGAAAGAAUUGGUUAGGAAUGGAUACACUGAUUUUCAACACUUGGCAUUGGUGGAGCCGUAAAUCAUGGGAUUAUAUUCAAAUAGGAAGUAACUUCACAAAAGACAUGGACCGCAUGGCGGCAUUCGAAAUCGCACUUGGAACUUGGGGCAAAUGGGUCGAUACCGUGGUAGAUACUAGCAAAACUAGAGUAUUUUUCCAAGGAAUUUCACCAUCUCAUUACAAUGGAUCUCUAUGGGGUGAACCAGCGGCACAUAGUUGCGCGGGACAGACGGAACCACUUUGGGGGACAAGUUAUCCAGGCGGAUUGCCACCAGAAGUUGGAGUUUUGAAGAGAGCACUCGGGAAAAUUACCAAACCGGUGACAUUGCUAGACAUUACUAUGCUUUCAUUGCUUCGCAAAGAUGGUCACCCUUCCAUUUACGGUAUAGGCGGCCGAACCGGCAAUGACUGCAGCCACUGGUGUCUCUCUGGCGUACCAGAUACUUGGAAUGAGAUUCUUUACAAUUAUAUGCUUUAGUAAGAAACAUUUAAAUAUAGGAAAACAACAUUAUAACAUAUUUGUUAUUGUGUUUGAUUCUACAUUUGAAUCUGAAUAAAAUAAAGGUCCGUUUCUAAUAGACUACAUUUUUGUUA